GGGUAAGCCUUAUGAAAUUUUCGAGUGGAAAAUUUUUUUGAAAUUUUUUUCUGAUUUUUUAUUCUUUUUUUAAUUUAAAGCACUAUUUAAGUGAAAAGAAACUUAUUGCAACAAAUUCCCAUUCAAAUAUAUCACAUUUAUAAAUUUUGCUGAAUUGCUGAAAAAUGAAGAAAAUUUUACAUUUUCUCAAACAGGGUAAGGAACUUGGUUCCUCGAAUAACUUCUGGCACAGACAUCUGAGGGCAUGUCCGUCCAAGAAGAAAAUGUAGCCAUUGAUGCCGUCUAUCGACCUCAGGUUAAAGAUUGACGAUCCGUAGGAUACCGGCCGAGUUAUAGGCAAAAUUUGGUGCAAAAAUGACCUUUAGUAAAUUUUCAUUUUUUUGAAUUUUUUGAUUUUUUCAUUAUUUUUCACUCUUUUUUUUAUUUCAAUCAUUAUUUGAGUGAAAAGAAACUCAUUGCAACCAAUUGGGAUUAAAAUAAAACAAUUUUAUUUUUUUUGCAAAAUUUCUCAAAAAAAACGUAAGCCUUAUGAAAUUUUCGAGUUGAAAUUUUUUUGAAAUUUUUUUUUCGAUUUUUUAUUCUUUUUUUAGUUUAAAGCAUUAUUUGAGUGAAAAGAAACAUAUUGCAACAAAUUCCCAUUAAAAUAUAUCACAUUUUUCAAUUUUGCUAAAUUGUUUAAAAACAGGGUAAGGAACUUGGUUCCCUGAAUAACUUCUGGCACAGACAUCUGACGGUAUGGCCGUCCAAGAAGAAAAUGUAGCCAUUGGUGCCAUCUAUCGACCACAAGUUAAAGAUUGGCGAUCCGUAGGAUACCGACCGAGUUAUAGGCAAAAGUUGGUGCAAAAAUGAGAAAAAUUUUACAUUUUCUCAAACAGGGUAAGGAACUUGGUUCCUCGAAUAACUUCUGGCACAGACAUCUGAGGGCAUGGCUGUCCAAGAAGAAAAUGUAGCCAUUGAUGCCAUCUAUCGACCACAGGUUAAAGAUUGGCGAUCCGUUGGAUACCGACCGAGUUAUAGGCAAAAUUUGGUGCAAAAAUGACCCUUAGUAAAUUUUCAUUUUUUUGAAUUUUUUGAUUUUUUCAUUAUUUUUCACUCUUUUUUUUAUUUCAAUCAUUAUUUGAGUGAAAAGAAACUCAUUGCAACCAAUUGGGAUUAAAAUAAAACAAUUUCAUUUUUUUUGCAAAAUUUCUCAAAAAAACGUAAGGGGUACCCCUUAUGAAAUUUUCGAGUUGAAAAUUUUUUGAAAUUUUUUUUUCGAUUUUUGAUUCUUUUUUUAGUUUAAAGCAUUAUUUGAGUGAAAAGAAACAUAUUGCAACAAAUUCCCAUUAAAAUAUAUCACAUUUUUCAAUUUUGCUAAAUUGUUCAGAAACAGGGUAAGGAACUUGGUUCCCUGAAUAACUUCUGGCACAGACAUCUGAUGGCCGUCCAAGAAGAAAAUGUAGCCAUUGGUGCCAUCUAUCGACCACAAGUUAAAGAUUGGCGAUCCGUUGGAUACCGACCGAGUUAUAGGCAAAAGUUGGUGCAAAAAUGAGAAAAAUUUUACAUUUUCUCAAACAGGGUAAGGAACUUGGUUCCUCGAAUAACUUCUGGCACAGACAUCUGAGGGCAUGGCCGUCCAAGAAGAAAAUGUAGUCAUUGAUGCCGUCUAUCGACCUCAGGUUAAAGAUUGACGAUCCGUAGGAUACCGGCCGAGUUAUAGCCAAAAGUUGGUGCAAAAUUGAGCUUUAUGAAAUUUUAAUAUUUUUCGAUUUUGUUUAUUUUUUGUUAUUUUUUUAUUUUUUUGUAUUUAAAACCUUAUUUGGCUGAAAAGAAACUUAUUUGAACCAAUUGGCAUUAAAAUAAAUCAAUUUAAUUUUUUUUGCAAAAUUUUAUAAAUUAUUCGAAUAAUCCUUAAGAAUGUGGUUGUCGGGCUGUUUUCGUAACAAUUGUUAUAUUCCUACAUGUUCCUGGAUAAUUUCCAAACAACACUAAUUCUUAUCCCAUUUCAUUCAACAGUGCAAAUGAGUGUGCUGCUAGUACUAACGGGCUUGGUCAGCUACUCAUCUUUGUUCGUGAUGGACAUUAUUGGUCGCUCAACGAGAUACAGUUUUAUACUUGCCCUGGAGCAAGUGUUUUUGGCCGCCUUCAGUCUGUUGCUGACCGUUAUGGGAAUCCUGGUACACAUGUUGGUGCAGGAUAUGAAUGUUUCAUACCGUGUGCUUUCCGUCAGCAUGCUAAUCUCACACGGUGUGCUGGGCGUGCUCUUCCUGUUGGCGAAGGUGAGCCAGAUGAAUCAGUUGGCCGACCGUUGGCGUGUAUUGAAUGGGUCGUCAACGUCGAACCGAGCACAGAACUACCGCCGCACAGCACCACCGGCUCGAAACAAUGACGUUAUGGAGGUUACGAGACGGGACAGCUAUACCUAUCGCUUCGUCAAUCCUGGUGCGAGCUUUGGCAAUGAAGUUGUCAUUCCGCCGAAUAUAAGACUUUCGCCCAGUAUGCUUGGAGCGACUGCACGCAUUCAGUCUUACAUCGAACCGUUGCACGCCAACCAAUCAUCCGAACCGAUAGUAAGCACCAGCAAUGGAGAGCUUGACGGAACAGCUGCAUCUACCAACGGUCCUACCAUUAUUGAUGCAUUCGAAUCGCUACCAUCCAGCGACCGUCAGAUAUCGCCGGUACCGUCCGAGCUGUCCUCCGGCCCACGUGAAAAACCAUUCCGUGUGAAUCCGAUCACCUUCCGCAAGGCAACUGAAGAAACAUUCGAACCAAACUCAACAAUCCGCAAAGAAUCAUUGGCAGACAGCGCGAAACCACUUCCAAUGAUCAGACGUACGCCAUCGAUCACUAGCGAUCCUGACCCAACACCAUCGACUAGCCGUCAACACAGCACGGCUACGAUGAAACCGAUGUACAAGAGAAGCUCGGAACCAACUCCAUCCACAAGCCGUCAAAAGGAUAUGGAACCAUCCGUGUCCUACAAGAAUGGCAAUGAGUACGUCAACAUGAGUCGUUUGAAAUAAUUUUUCAAUGAAAUGAUAUGUUCUUAUUCAACCAUUACUGUAUUGUAAACUCCCCUAAAAAAAAAACACAAAUACUAUAAAAAUCUUUCAAAAAAAAUAUAUUACUUAACACACCGAAACAAUAAGAACAAUUCAUAAAAUGAGUACUAACCCAACACCAUAAUAUUUAUAAGUUUUAUUAUUCAAAAAAUAUAUUGUCUUCAGGACAUUUAUUUGUCCAACCAAUUAAUUAACAAAACAAAAAAUCUUUUGCAAACAAUUAUGUUUGAAUUAUCUGGAAU